AUGAACGGCAUGGAGACUUACAACGGGCAUGUGCGGACACCGCAGGAUGCCAUCAUCUUGUUCGAGGCCUGCCGCAUGGGACUCCUGCCGCGAGUCCAGCGGCGGCUUUCUGACAAGGAGCGAACUUCCAUCAAGUCUGGUUCUGUAUUCGUGUGGGAUGAGCGCGAAGCCGGUAUGCGACGAUGGACUGACGGCAAAUCUUGGAGCGCCAGCAGAGUUUCUGGUAGUUUUCUCACGUAUCGUGAAAUGGAAGGCAAGCGAGGCACUGCCAGCUUCGACAAAAGUUCCAGCCGCGACGGCACGGCCGGUGCUCCAGAGGCUGAUUCUGAUGGCGGUGGCCCGGAUGGGUAUCGCUACAAGCCUGAUGGCCUGAUGAAACAGUCCUUCUCUAUUACCACCAGCCAAGGCCAGCAUCUUCACCUCAUCAGCUACUACUCGCGCUCGUCGACAGCGCAAAAUUUGAUGCAGCCGACAAACGACAUUCAACUUCGCCACAUCCGGCCGGAGAAAGGCAUGUACCCAGAGUCCACCGUACACGAACAGAGCAAUAUUCCAGCCGUGACACGCGGGCCCAUGGGCUCGCCCGGCUAUGCCCAUGCGCCAAACCAGACUCAGCCAUAUAACAGAGGAGCACACGGGCCAUACUACGGGCAUCACUGGGCGCCUCCGAGCCCGCUGAACACUCCACCACCUCACUAUGGAUAUUCACCAUAUUACCAGCACGCUCCAGGACAUCCAAUGCAUCAGAUGCAUUAUCCACCACCUCCCAGCGCGUAUGGCCAUUACCCUCACGGUACGGCCUUUGACCGGCCCCCGCCAAUGUCAAAUCCCGGCGUGCCGCCAUACGGCUCACAUCAUGGACCUCCAAACGGGUAUCAGAAUAGCUAUCCGCCACCACCUGCAACAUACAACCCCCCACCUCUUGCAGCGCCUCCCCAACCUGCUUCUCUGGCUCCAUCACACGAGCAGAGGCCAGCACCUGCAGCGCCAGCACCGACGACAGACCCUGCCUCGCAGCCAGAUGCCAGUCCAAAGGACACUGAUCACAAUCAAGCACAGCAAUCAACACCAAAGGAGAGCACGGAAACGUCGCAGGYCGCAGCUGGUGCGCCCGCGCCGCCAGCUUCUUCACAGACGAUUCCCAGUAUCUCUGCCAUGCUCAAUGCCAAUGAAGGUGGCAAGCCUCCGCCACGAACUAGCAGUCGUAGCCCUGGCGGCACAGCACGUGGCACUUUGCAAGACAUUCCCAGCCACAAGCUCGGCUUUGAGGUGAGCCGCGACGUACAGGCUCUUCGAACUUUGGAUAAGACGACUUUCAAACAGUACUGA